CUUCCAACUUCACAAAUUUGGUUCAAAAUUAAUAAUCUUAUAAUGUCUAUAUGAUCUAACUGAUCAUCAUUCAUCAUUCUUAAAAUCAUGAAAACCCAAUUCAUCUCAACCACCCUCCUUCAACCAGCGAGUCUCCACGAUAAUCCUAAUAAUAAUAAUCACCGUGAGUUAAUCAAUGAACGACUCGAGUUGACUCCUUCUGAUCUUCAACUCCUCAAUGCUCAUCACAUCCAAAAGGGUCUUCUUUUUCAUCAAAAGCCACCGCCCGAUACCAACUUCGUACGCCAGUUACAAGCAACUCUAUCUCGUACGUUAGAUAUUGUCUAUCCUCUCGCCGGCCGACUCGUCAUGACUAAAAACGACGACCAAACCGCUUGUUUUCACGUUGACUGUGACGGGGCCGGAGUCCUUUUUGUCCACGCCUUCAUUGACGGUGUCACGGUGGCUGAUAUUCUCGACCCAGUCAUUGUCCCAGACGGCAUCGUUUACUCUCUUUUUUUAUUUAACGGAGUUUUGAACUACGAAGCUGCCAUUUCGAAUCUACCUUUGGUGGCUGUCCAAGUAACUAAACUCGUCGAUGGCUUCUUCGUCGCGUGCAGUGUAAACCAUGCCGUCAGUGACGGCACGUUGUUUUGGAAAUUCUUCAACGUUUGGUCGGAAAUCUCAUUCAACGGUAAUAACAACUACGACUUCGUUUUGAGUAGAGAUCGCCCUGACUACCUUGAUCUCCCAAUCCGAGUCCCCUUCUUCCAUGAUCAUCAUCAACCAACCUCUUCAUCAUUAUCAUCAUUAGCUGAUCUACAACAAAUGAUGAUCCGUUUCUCCAAGGAAAGAAUUGCUGAGCUCAAGAAAAAAGCCAACUCCGAGAUGGGGUUCACCAAUAACGAGAUAUCGUCCCUUCAAGCGCUCAUGGCUCAUCUUUGGAUAUUGGUGACACGUGGCAGGAAUCUGAACGCCGACGAGGAUGUCAGGUACAUGGUAGCAGUGGGGCUGAGGUCAAGACUAGAGCCACCACUGCCAGAAGGGUACCUAGGAACCGCGGUUCAAGGUGUGACCGUACAAUGCAAAGCAAGGGAGCUAUUAAAUCGUGGAUUGGGCUGGGUGGCGGGGCAGAUUAAACGAAAGAUUAGUUCUAUGACGGCCACAAAUGCAAAAAAGAUAUGGGAGCUUUGGGUUGAGAGUCCUAUGUCAUUAGAAUUCGAGAAACUACCGCCAAACACGGUGAUCAGUGGCAGUUCUCCUCGGUUUAAUGUUUAUGGUAAUGAUUUUGGUUGGGGAAGACCGGUGGCAGUUCGAAGCGGCACGGGGAAUAAGAUUGACGGCAAGUUGACGCCGUUUCCAGGGGCUGAAGAAGGAAGUAUUGACUUUGAAGUUUGUCUUUCGCCGGCUACAAUUAAAUACCUAACUGAGUUUAUGGUGUAAGAGUGAUGAAAAGUAUAUAUAUUUAUAUAUCUUUAUAUGAAUGAAUAUUAUUUACUCUAAAUGGCCAAUAAUUAAGCUUAUAAAUGUGCUGAUCUUGAUUAGUGAACAUUUGUGCUCAUUUUUACUAUAUGAAUUAUAAUUCUCUA